AUGCCUCUGGAUGGGCAUUCAUACUUGGUCUCGCAGGGAUGGGGCGGUAAAGGCACUGGUCUCCGCCAAGGAGCCAUAAGCAAACCCAUCAUCAUCGCGCAAAAGAAAAACCUCGCUGGACUGGGCAAAGAUAGAGACGAGGCUUUUCCGUUCUGGGAUCACCUGUUCUCGGCGGCGGCAAGCUCAAUUAAACUAAAAGUCGACGACUCGGACGACGAGAAUACGACGAGCAGCGACGAUGGGGGGAACAAGUUUGCACUCAAACGCACGCAAACGGGUAUAAUCUCUAAUCGCAGGCCCAUAGCCGGCACACCCGCUACAGGCUCAGGCUCCUCCACCCCCUCAGAUAUCACCUCCACCUCCGACAACACCCCUCAAUACACACUAAUCGUCCGCGCCAAACGCGAAGCUGCUCGACGAGGGCUGUAUUCACGCUUUUUCCGCGGUCCGACGCUGGGCCCUGAUACCUCUAUCGAACGGGGGAUGAAAGAGUCGUCACCUUCACCACAAUAUCCUGUGGAAGAUGACAGUAAGGCUACUACUGCCGGAGGCUCACAGUUGGAUGUGGUCAAGACCAUAGUGGCCAACCAGAGCUCUUCGAAGAACUCGACGAGUAUAGAUGGGAUGUUGCAGAAGAAGAAGCAGAAGCGGUCGAAGGGAGAUGACGAAGAUGAUAGUUCGUCGCCCAGGGUUGACGACGAAGAAGUGCCGAAGAAGAAACGGAAGAGAGAGGAUGGAGAGGAGAAAGUGAAGAAGGACAAGGAGAAGGAGGACGGGAAGGACAAAAAUGACAAGGCAGAGAAGAAGGAGAGGAAAGAUAGAAAAGAAAAGGGCAAGGAGAAGAAGGACAAGGAUAAGGAGGGUAAAAAGAAGAAGGAGAAACGGGCCAACGAGUCGAAGGAUGGCGAAAAGAAGGAGAAAAAGGUCAAGGCCAAAAGCGACGACAAAUCCUCCAAGAAAUCCUCCAAGCAAGGGAAGGAUAAGGAGUCCAUCGAGGACGAUUCUACGCAGGCCUCCAAGGUUGAAAAGGAGCGUAAGAAAGAGAAGAAAGAAAAGUCGAGAAAGUCAAAGUCCAAAUCUUCAUCUCCAUCGGCAGAAGACACCUCCCCAUCCCCAUCCUCCGAUUCCCCAGACGACAAGAACCCUUCCAAAAAAUCCGACAAGAAACGGAAACGUUCCGAACUCGAGGACACCACAGAACCCAGUGGCGAGUUCAAGGAGAAGGACAAGAAGCGCUCAUGCCAGACAGUGGACGACGACCAACCUCUCAAGAAGAAGAAAAAGAAGCGGAAGACCGAGGAGGAAUCUGAUUCCUAG